ACCCUGAAUUCUAUGUCCCAGCUCUGCCAUUUACUUUCCCUUUUCUUCUGUGAGGCACAGGGAAUAUAUUAGUCAUAUGACAAAACAGGAUGGGAUAGUUUAAGGAUGGUUUACUUUAAAAAGUCUGGUAAGUGAAGGCCAAAAGAGUGGACUGUGAUGAGGACCUGCCAAGCAGAGAGUCUGGGAGAACUGGGAUAAAAACGAGAGAAGGAAACUCAGUUUGGAAAUACUCUGAUGUAAGCUUUUCAGACCCAUGUGCCACUGGAUUUAGGUGAGUUAGGAAGGGUUGCAGUACCUCAGAGUAAUUAGAGAUUUUAAGACCAGGUACGGAUUUCUUUUUAGUGAUACUAAGCAAAUCAUUUAACCUCUCUGAACCUCAAUUUUCCCACAAUGUCAGACGAAGGAAAUAUAUUCAACUUAUGAGAGUUAAAUGAGAGAAAUAAAGUCAGUCAACAGAAGGCUUUAACACAUUUGUCACCCCUUGGGUAAAUAAUCAUGCCUGUUACCAGAGCUCUUAACAAGGGAAGUGGCGAGGGGGAUGCAGAACUUCCGGUAGGCGCCCCCCGACCUCCCCGCUGGGUCGGCAGGCUUACGACCUGAACUUGGACAAGUCAUUUCGCAAGUCACUGAGACGACGGUGCAGGGAUGCGCCGUGAGGAUGUGGCCGGGUGGCUGACGAGAGAUCGGGAAGUGACUUAGGAGGAGAGCGGGCAGGGUGCCUGCUCUGAGAGGCGUCAUCUCCCUGCUCGCUCUGUGAUGUUUCAGUCCCGGGAAGCCACGCGCCAUGUCUCUGAGCAGCGCCUUCCGGGCUGUGGGCAACGACCCUGGGAUCAUCACCUGGAGAAUAGAGAAAAUGGAGCUGGCACUGGUGCCCUUGCGUGCCCACGGCAACUUCUAUGAGGGAGACUGCUACGUCAUCCUCUCGACGCGGAGAGUGGGCAGCCUCCUGUCCCAGGACAUCCACUUCUGGAUCGGGAAGGACUCCUCCCAGGACGAGCAGAGCUGUGCGGCCAUCUACACCACGCAGCUGGACGACUACCUGGGGGGCGGCCCCGUUCAACACCGGGAGGUCCAGUACCACGAGUCCGACACCUUCCGCGGCUACUUCAAGCAGGGCAUCAUCUACAAGAAGGGUGGUGUGGCCUCUGGGAUGAGGCACGUGGAGACCAACACCUACAACGUGAAGCGGCUGCUGCAUGUGAAGGGGAAGAGAAACAUCCGGGCCAGCGAGGUGGAAAUGAGCUGGGACAGUUUUAACCGAGGAGACGUCUUCCUGCUGGAUCUCGGGAAGGUCAUCGUCCAGUGGAACGGCCCGGAGAGCAGCAGCGGGGAGCGCCUGAAGGCGAUGCUUCUGGCAAAGGAUAUUCGGGACAGGGAGCGAGGGGGUCGUGCUGAGAUAGGAGUGAUCGAGGGAGACAAGGAGGCAGCCAGCCCGGAGCUGAUGAAGGUUCUUCAGGACACCCUCGGCCGGCGCUCCAUUAUCCAACCGGCAGUCCCAGACGAGGUCAUAGAUCAGCAGCAGAAAUCAAACAUCACGCUUUAUCAUGUCUCAGACUCGUCUGGGCAGCUGGCGGUCACGGAGGUAGCGACGAGGCCUCUGGUCCAGGACUUACUGAACCCUGAUGACUGCUACAUCCUGGACCAAAGCGGAACCAAGAUCUACGUGUGGAAAGGAAGGGGAGCUACAAAGGCUGAGAAACAGAUGGCCAUGUCUAAAGCCCUGAACUUCAUCAGGAUGAAGGGCUACCCCAGCAGCACCAACGUGGAGACCGUCAACGACGGUGCCGAGUCGGCCAUGUUCAAGCAGCUGUUCCAGAAGUGGACAGUGAAGGAGCAGACCGUGGGUCUGGGGAAGACGUUCAGUGUGGGUAAAGUCGGUAAGACUGCCCCCAGAUGGUGUUCUCGUUGUGGGGGGUCUCUAGAAAGACGGGCACGGAUGCUUUUCACUCACCUGGCUUCUCCCAAACCCCUCUCUGCAGCGAAGGUUUUCCAGGAUAAGUUUGAUGUAACUGUGCUGCACACCAAACCAGAGGUGGCAGCCCGGGAAAGAAUGGUGGACGACGGCAGUGGCAAAGUCGAGGUCUGGAGGAUAGAAAACCUGGAGCUGGUCCCCGUGGAGCACCAGUGGUAUGGCUUCUUUUACGGGGGAGACUGCUAUCUGGUUCUCUACACAUACGAGAUGCAUGGGAAGCCUCAUUACAUCCUGUAUAUCUGGCAGGUAGGCCUGGAGCAGGCUCUUAGCUUUGGAUCCUGGUGCUUCCUCUGGCCACGGAGCUGGGGCCGGGGGUGGCAGGGACCCAUUGUGCCCGUCUCACCCCUGCAGGGCCGCCACGCCUCACAGGAUGAGCUGGCAGCCUCGGCAUAUCAGGCGGUAGAGGUGGACCGGCAGUUUGAAGGGGCCCCCGUGCAGGUUCGGGUCACCAUGGGGAAGGAGCCGCGCCACUUCAUGGCCAUCUUCAAAGGAAAGCUGGUCAUCUUUGAGGGUGGGACUUCGAGGAAGGGAAGUGCUGAGCCGGAUCCUCCAGUAAGACUCUUCCAGAUUCAAGGACAUGACAAAUCUAACACCAAAGCAGUGGAGGUCCCAGCCUUCACCUCCUCCCUAAACUCCAACGAUGUCUUUCUGCUGCGGACCCAGGCAGAGCAUUACCUGUGGUGUGGCAAGGGGUCUAGCGGGGAUGAGCGGGCCAUGGCCAAGGAGCUGGCCGGACUCCUCUGUGAGGGCACGGAGAAUACAGUGGCUGAGGGCCAGGAGCCGGCUGAGUUCUGGGACCUGCUGGGAGGGAAGACUCCCUACGCCAGUGACAAGAGACUGCAGCAGGAGAUCCUAGAUGUCCAGUCUCGCCUCUUCGAAUGUUCCAAUAAGACCGGCCGGUUCACGGUCACUGAGAUCACAGACUUCACCCAGGACGACCUGAACCCAGGUGACGUGAUGCUCCUGGAUACCUGGGACCAGGUGUUCCUGUGGAUCGGGGCCGAGGCCAAUGCCGCGGAGAAGGAGGGCGCUCUGACUGCUGCCCAGGAGUACCUGCACACUCACCCCAGCGGCCGCGACACCAGCACACCGAUCCUGAUCGUUAAGCAGGGGUUCGAGCCUCCCAUCUUCACAGGCUGGUUCCUGGCCUGGGACCCUCACAUGUGGAGCGCAGGGAAAUCAUAUGAACAGUUAAAAGAGGAGCUGGGAGACGCUGCUGCUAUCACAAGAAUCAUUGCUGAUAUGAGGGACACAACCCUUCCCCUGAAUUCUGAGCCAAAAUAUUACCCCCUAGAAGUUCUGUUGAAAAAUCAGAGUCAGGAGUUGCCAGAGGAUGUGAACCCUGCCAAAAAGGAGAAUUACCUCUCGGAACAGGACUUUGUUUCCGUGUUUGGCAUCACCAGAGGGCAGUUUGCUGCUCUGCCUGGCUGGAAACAGCUCCAGAUGAAGAAAGAAAAGGGGCUUUUCUGAGGCAAGAAGGCAUCUGCCUAUUGCAAGAUCCCAGAAGAGACCAGACAGUGCCAAUGUCAGCAAAGAAUUUCUCUAAUUUCUGCCUAAUGUCCAGCUACUUAACGGAGAGAGAGCAGAGCCUGCCACUCACAGCAUGCACUCCAUUUUUCUCAUCCCUGCAUCUCCUAGUUGUCAUAUACCUAAAAUGGUAGCUGCUCACUUGGAAAUGUUUAUGGUCUUCUGGCUGCAGCCUUAGCAGAAAAUGCUAAAACUGCAUGAAAAUCUGGAGAAGUCAAAAGUAAGAGAACAGAAAAAUUGUUUAAAGUGCUUAAUUCUGGGGCAAGGGCCCAUGUUUGUUUUACAUUUUAAGGUGGGUAUUUUCUAUUUAACCCACAAAUCAUCAAAGUUACUCACAUAUAUACAAAAUAAAAAAUGCUCAAAUCUG